AGCUUUACUAGUCUUUUUUUCCAAUUUCUCAUGUUAGUUUCGAUUAUAUUAAAUUAAUUUUCAUCAAAGAAAAUAUGACCAUCACACAAAUUAACGCCAUUACCGGCUACUAUCAUCCGCAUCGUUAUUCCAUUUCCCAUUGAGAACGUUUGCAUUUUUCAUCCACCAACCUAUUAGGGGUAAUAGUUUUGGGAAAUGGCCCACUACAAAACGAUACAAAACACGGUGCAAACACAAAAAUGAAAAUAAAAACACGGCUGUGAAACGCAUGGUACGUGUGUCUAGGCGUUAUUGUUAGACACCACUUGCAUCACACGCGACAUGCUAAUUGCUCCAGAAAGAACGAAACCAUUAUCGCGAAACGGUAGCGACCGAAAACCGUUAUAGAAUAGCGGACGUUUGUCAUUUUUCACUAGGGGGUUAGGGGCAGUUCAGACAUAGGGUUUGCUGUGUAACAAUCGAAGUUGUACAAAUAAACUUCAAUUAGCACCUUUUGGGUGUGCUACCGUUCCCGUUUGAACCGAUGCGUCUUUCUAACGAGCGCAUGAGAACAUCAAAAAAAGGGAGAGAGAUAGAGAGGCAAAGAAACCGGAAAAUUGUUUUAGAUUAGCCUAUCCGUUUACCGGAUUGUUGUUGCCAUCGCUUAUGCUGUACGGUCACUCGGUCCAGUCAAAGCGCUUAUUCGCAGCUCACCGCUCGCCAACGGUUGGAAACGGACCACGGGAUCUUUGUUGAAUAUUUCAUUAACCCACUAAGUGGCCCCGGUUCGUCGUUCGUCGUGGUUUUUGGGCCGGCACAGGGACGCUGUGUGAAGGUACGCGAAGGAUCAAAGUUACGCUUCAAGCAGCACGGUUCAUCUUGGUUGAUUUCUCGGUUUUCCUGCUGCCGGACUGUUUGCGGUUUGUGAAUUAUAUCAUCGUACACACGGGCACUAUCCGUGGCCGAUCAGUGCGAAGAGGAUGAGGUUGGAACAGUUUGUUGGCAUUUUUAUGAUGGUGACCAUCGGCGAGACAACAUACAGCACAUCCGAUGGCUUUAACAUGACCGGUGCGAUAGAGCAGCAGGACUCCGGAACGCAACAACCAUCUACCGACCAGUGGAGGGACACAGAGCAUGGUAAGGUGCUGUCGAGAAGGAAGCGGUUUAUCGUAUUUCCGGAAGGUUCCAGUUUUUCCGUGGCCGUCUGUAUGACGAUCGGUUUGUACGGUAACCCCAACUACCAGUUCGUGAGUUGGGCACUGAACUGGGGCAUUGCUUACAACCUGCCGAAUCAAACGGUCAGCUUCCAGAAGGAAAUGACCGAACCGAAACCAAUGGUACAGCGUCGCUUUCGGCGUGAUCUCUACCAAAAGCUGGAAGUGAUCAUGGACAGCAUGGGAUACGAUGGACGGGAUUGUAUUCUACGAGCGCUUUGCGAAAGUUCGCAAUACUUCGGUGGCAAAGGACGUAACAUGAUAGCGGAAAUGUUGCGGACCCUUUUUAGCUACCCAAAGCAAAAAGUACUUUCGUUCGAGCACGCCGAUCACCGACUGUACGACGAGGCGCAUCGCAAGGGCAGAAACAUGGCACCGUGCCAAUCGCUGUACGGUAACUGUCGGUUCUCGUUACUGGAGCUGGCACUAGGGAAAUAUUCAACACCGUACGGGUUUAUGAUUGGAAACGCUCUAGUGAGCGUUUCCCAGCCGACACAUCAAAGCCGGUUGUUAAAGUUUAUAUUUCCUCCUCACCGUGUGUGUGUGUGCUGCAUGGUAGAAGAUGAUGUGAUUUCGAUACGGGCAAAGGAAAGCAAUUUUAACAUUAACCUUCACAAAAUGCUGCUCACAACCGGUGCUAAGAGAUGCUGCUGUCAGCAGCGAACGAAUCUGUUUCCCGUGCUAUUGCUCUGGAGUUUAUGUUUGCUGCUGUGUUUUAAAUCUUCCAAUGCAACGAAUUACACUGAAGAUGCUUUAGUGCAACAGCAAGAGCGUACGACAGGGGAAUCUUCCUCACCGCAGAAGGUUUUGUCGAGAAAGAGACGAUUCUUGACGUUUCCUGAGGGAAGUUCCUUUCAAGUAGUUUACGAUCAAACCAUCCCAAUGAUUGGCGUCGAGCGACUCUUUACGAUUGGUAUUACGGUAGCGCUUGCCUACGAGCUACCGAGCAUCACUCUUAACCAGAUCGAACAGAUGCUGCAGGAAAAUGCGGCCGACGGUUACAUCUUUCCCAAGAUGGACAAAAACGCCAACGAUACCAUCCUUGUCGAUAGCAAAAACUCACAAUCCGCCGUCACACCGGCAAGGAAAAACAUUUUCAGCUAUUAUUAUCAAACGCCACGUCCGGCACAACGUGUAGGCGGCGUAGGAGAUGUGGGUAGCCGCAUCAAUUACUACACUGCACCCGAUCGACGUUACGAUAAGUUUGAUCGAUACGGUCAACGUCUUCCCCUGUGGAAUCAGUACCUAGCGAAUCGCUUACCACACCCACCGUACGCCGAUCCAUCGCGUAAUGAUUUUGGUAGCAUUGUUAACAGAUACUUACAAGGUUGGAUACGUCGUCAUCCACCGAACUAUCCGAUGAGCAAAAAGCGCUUCUAUCCGGUGUUUGGUAAGCGCAGCAUCCGCGAAGAUACAGAACCACUGGAUCGGCACUUUCUCAAUCAACAUCGCGUAACGCGCCACGCACUGUACGAGCGGAUAGAACAAUUUCUAACAGCAAAAGGAAAACAUGGUCAUCACUGCGUACUGCGAGCGUUGUGUGAAAGUGGCCAGCGACACGAUGACAGUGAACCGGAUACAUUUUUAAAGGAAAUUCUUCGUGCCAUAUUUAGUCUGCCUUCCACGCAUGAAUUGCCAACCCACCAUAAGCAUCGAAUGUACGAUGAAGCUCACGCCCACAGCGGAAACUGUACGGAAACCUAUUCAUACUGCGAAGAUAGCUUUUGGUCGUCGAAUUUUGUGUUUUAACACAACCAAACCAUACAAACGCUAUUCAUGGUGGGAUAAUUGGUGCAACAACAUGCUUUACUGCUGACGAUGGUUACGAGGGAUUUUUUCGUUUUACAAAUUCCGACCCAAAUGGGCACGUUAGUCCUAGGAAGCAUUCGAUUGAUUGGACCACUAAGUGUAUUUGUAAAGCGUAGACAGCGAACAUUAUUGGUGGAAAUAUUUCGUCUGUUUUUUUUCGGCGUAUUUUGAGCCUUAUUUACGAAAGAGGUAAAAUCACCGUAACUGAGUGUGUUCAAUGAUGCGCCAUAAUUCAAAUAUUGUUCAAAGAUAGGCAAAGAGCACUUGUUAGCAUGUUUUCGUUUCGUUAGAGAUAAACUAUGGCGAAAGGCGAUGUUAAAUCCAUUUCAGUUCCAGUUCCACGAUGAGCUCCAGAAUCUCUGCCCAAGUUCUCUAGGGUUUAAUUGAGCAAAUGAACAGAGCGAAGCAACGAUCUAUUUUCCGUAGUCAUUCGUAGCACAGGUGAACCGAUUAGGGGUGGUAAUCGGUGUAUAGGAAAAUGGCCAUAGGGUAGAUAUGACGGUGGGAGCACUGAAUAGAAGCAACGAUAUUAACUUUGCAAAGAAUCCGUUCCAUUCGUUCUGUACUAUCGUGCUCUCUUAUAAUAAGAAUAAGUAAAAAUCUGUAACACACCAUCACCAUAUCAAUCUGCUAAAACAGCUAAAAUGACAAUUUAGCCAGUUAGACAAACCGUUAUUCAAUGUA